AGACAACCAUGAUCAGAACCGGGUUAAGAGUAUACAAGAGGCAACUAUCUACACUCCUCGGAAAAAAUCCGAACAAGCUAAGACUUUCCGAUGUCAAACUGCCUCACCUAAACCAUGAUGAUCUCCCAUCACGCAUCCAAUUAAUUCAAUCGGUCAACCAAUCCAAUAAUGAAGCCAAACAGGAACUUCUUGACGAGCUAAUUCCGGACUUUUCUGUGUUUUUCAAAUUGAAAACGAGUGAUUAUAGUAAUGAGAUCUUGAAGCGGAUUAUUGAAGUGAAUCCUGGUCGAGUUCAUUCUUCAUUUGAGCUUUUCAAGAUGUAUUCUCCUAAUUUAGAAGUUGGUCCGGAAUUAGUAAAGGUUGUGUUGAGAAAGUUAGUACAUGGAGAAAAAGCGGAUACCGAAUAUGUUAUCGACGAGGAGGGGUUAAGCAACUUGCGAGUGUUACUUAAGGAACACGUGAAGGAAAUCAACGGGUUUGAAACUGAAGUAGAAGAGUUGUUGAGUAAGCUAGGUGAAAGUGGGUCAUUUGAUUUAGUCGAGGAGUUGACUAAUGGUUUAUUGACUGCUGAGUUUAUGACAAGGUUUAUCAAGUCUGAGGAUAUUGAUAAUCAUUCGUAUUUGCUUAUGUUCCACAGAUUAUUUAGUAUAGAUCCGGCAUUACUAUCAGGAGAUGACUACGUCAAGGCGUUGGAUAUUAUAAACUUUAAACAGGAAAAAGAGCUCAGCGGCAAGAUACUCGACUACAUCAAUGAAUCCAAGAUCGACCAAGAAGCAGAAAACUUGCGUUUGCGCGUCAAGAUUCUUGAAUGCCUUGGGAUUGCCGAUGAUAAUAUCGAGGUAGCACUUCAAAAAUAUCACCAGUAUAGAACCCAUGCCACGUACGGUCUUCAUAUUGUCAGCACCGCCAUGGUGAAGGUAUUUGGCUACCAGGCUAUCAAGCAAGACAAGAAUAUCUACUCGACAAUCGCCGCCACUUUAGUGCCUCAAGAUACCAUCACAGUCAAGAUCUUGCAAACGUUGAUCGUAACCAAGGGAUAUUUCGACAAGGACUCUGCCUUGGAGUUGUUUAAUGAUUACAUCAACCAAGUCUCGGCGGAUGUGAACCAAGCCACGAGAAGGUCAGCCAAGGGAUUACUCACCGAGGCUGUGUGUUUGUCAUCGUUACAAAACAAUGACCGUAGUUUUGCGCAGUUGGUUUUCGACAAGGCAAUUGACAACAACGUUAUUAGUGAUGAACAUGAAAUUGCCGCGGUGAAGAAGGUGUUCAAGGCAUACGGUGACUCAUUUAUCGAAGAUGACGACUGGAGCAAGGCGAAAGUGAAUAUGAACAGUUAUGUGUUGAACUAUAUAAAGAACUUGUAAACAUAGAAUAGGAAUAGAAAUAGUAAUAGAAAUAGAGAGAGGCC